AUGGCAAUUGACGAAACAAUCACAAAACCAAGAGCAAUGACUGCAUCAACACACAGUUUUACUAUGGCACAAAACGAUAAAAUUAAUAAAAAUUCCGAUAUUCCACGACGUUUGGGUCAUUUUCUUGUUCGUAAACAACGUAUUGAACGUUGGGCAUAUAAAGGACGAAGUUUAUCAAUUAGUGAUACAGCAAAAACAACAUCCGCUUCAUUAGGAACAGUAUCAGUACAAAAACGUUCAGAAAGUUCAUAUUCGCAAAUUGGUCGAAAACUUGAUAUUCAUCUACUUCAAUUAGGUGAACAACGACAAAAAGUAAUUGAACGAAGAAAUUUCGAUCAAAAAUUAUUUGCCAAUAAACAAGCAUUAAAACAUAAAGAGAAUCCAGCUAUACUUAAAACAUUAAGUUAUGUUCGAAAAUGUUGUAAAUAUGCUGAUACAAAUAAUAAUGAAGAAGAUCAUAUUGAUCCAAAAAUAUUUCUAGAAGAAAAUUCAUCAUCUAAACGAAGUCCAUCACGAUCACCAUCUGUAACACCAUCAUCAAUGAAAAGAAAUUUAUCUGCUAGUGCACGUACACAAACUAGUGCAUCACUUGCUGAAACAUUUCUUCAACAUAAUAAAAAACAUAUUCGAUCAUAUGGAUCAUCACCAAUAAGUAGAAAAUUAACUGAAAGUAAAACUACUAGUGAUACGCCAAUUGUUACAAAUUCAAGUGCAACACCAGUUGAUGAUGAUUCUCAAAAACGUCAUGUUCAAUUUCGAAUUAAUACUGAUGGUACAUAUUUAACUAGUCAAUCAGCUCAUGUCAGCCGAAAAUCACAUUCAUACAAUGUAGACAAAGAAAUACAACAAAAUAUAAUAUCAGCAAAUGAUAUUCAAUCAUCUAGUUCAUCAUAUAAUACUCGUACAUCAAAUUCAGCUCCACCAGUACAAACAAUAUCAUCAAAUAUUGAUAAUAUAAAUGAACAAAUUAAACAUUCAUCAAAACCUAAACGAUCAUUAUCACGAAUAAAUUCAGCAAAAAAUUCAUUACAAGAAUUUCGUCUUCAUCCAGAAAGAUUUUUAAGUCCAUCAAAUCGUUAUUUACCAUUACUUCGUCGACAAGUGACAGAUAUUGAAUCAAGAGAAUUUUAUAAUAAACAACAAAAAGAUAAAAAUGAUUUAAUAAAAAAACAACGAAUUAAUAUUUCACCACCUAUUUCACGUCUUUCCGAUGAAUCUGAUUUAACAUAUGAUGAAGCUAAAUCAUUUCUUAGUGAAGAAAAUGAUGUUGGAAAAUAUACAUCUCGUACACCACCACCUAAAUGGAUGAUACAAGAUCGUAAAACUACUAAAAAACUUCGUCCUUCAAGUAAAAUUGAUAUGAUGGAAGCAAGUAAUGAUGAUACAUCGGAACGUACAAUAGCUAUAGCACGUCUUCGUGAUCGUGAAUAUGCUCAUUUAAAUGAAUUAAUACGUUCAAAUCCUAUUGAACAAAUUCUUGAACCAUUUUCUGAAAUAAAAACUGAUGAACAAGAUCAAAUAGAUUUCGAUCAACAAAAAGUUUCAAAUGUUCAACGACAACCUCUGGAAUCAACUACUGAUCAAUCAUCAUUAAAAUCAACAAAACUACGUCAACUUGGUGAAAUUUUACAUUCAAUUGAUUCAUUACGUUGUUCAGAUACGACUGAUGGACGUACACGAAGAAAAGUUGAUUUGGAAAAAAAUCGAGCAAAAUUAGGCAUUCUUAUAUUUUAA